UUGGCGAAGACUCGUAGACCAUAGUGUGCCGUGCCGCCGAACGCAUUGUGACUUGUGACCAUAAAACAAAUAAUAGGUAGAUUGUGUCGCUUGUGACAAUAUUAACUUUUCGUGCGUGCGAGUAUUGCGACGGCAACAUAAUAAUAAUAAUAAUAAUAAUAAUAGUAAUAAUUACAAUUAUACACUAUACAGUAUAAUAUAUUAUUCGCACACGCACACGCGCAUGUACAAUAUUCACUGUUCAGUACAAUCGGUACACUCCUCGGUGCUAAACGUCGAAUAUUCGGCCCCUGUACGCGGAUCGUGACAAAAACGGCGACAAGCGAACGAGCAGAUAGCAUUAGUGGAUGGUUUGCAUCGUAUUCGUAUCCUACCCGACACAAAAACCGUUAACGGAGAUGGCUCUUGCGUCUGGCUCGCAUUUGGUUUCCUAUUUCUUGGGCGACUACACAGUGACAAUGACUAAUGAUGCCGACGACUAAAUGCUAAUAUGCCGAUACUUCGGAUGCUGAAAGCUACAACUCAGACAUCAACGGCCACAAUGUCUACAACCAGUAUGAUUAUAAAACCAAGGCUACUACUGCUGCAUUAGGGGCUUUUGACAAAAACUGAAAGGGAUACACACAACAAUGACUGCUAUAGUAAAGUUGAUCCGCCGAGGAAUGGCGGCAACGACUGUUAUGUUAGUGCUGAUGCUGCUAAUCACCACUGCGGCUGCAUCUGUAUUACCAAGUGAACCGGUGGCCACCGCAGAAAAAGGACCGACUGGACAGCAGAAAAAACUCGGGGGAAAUAGCAUAUCGUCUUUGGAACUGUACCACUCGAUGGAGAUGGGCGAACAGGAAAGACUUGAAAGCCUCGGCGGCAACGACGACGAGGACGAUAGUGAAAAAGAUAGCGGUGACUCGUUACUGUCCAUGGCGGGCGGUGGUGACGACGACAAUGACCAGGAGAAUCUAACGGAGUUGCUGACUUGCGUGUCAUGUUCAGGCAAGUUGCCUGCGCAGUGGGACGAGCGAAAUUCUGAUGUCGACGAACAGUCUUACUGUUUGUACGACGGUGUCCAGCCGCUGACGCAAGAUGGUAACAUGGAUAAAGAACUUUACGUGUGUUCGGGGGCCGUGCGUUGUUAUAAGACAAAAGUGCGUGAAGAGGAUGGCAUUGUGCGCAUUAGUCGUGGGUGUAUGGGUGGUGGUCAUGGUGGCGGCCAUCGACAUUCAAGCCAAACCAAUGCAGAACUGCAUCCUUGCAUGGGUGCUAUUAGUAAUGAUUUGACAACAAAAAACAAUGAUACCUCAAAGCAACCUCGAACCUGGACGUCGUCGCAUACUUUUUCAUCCGCGUCUGCCGGCCAGCAACUGCCAUCUACCUAUGCAAUCGAAUGUUGCAACGGCCGUGAUCGCUGCAACGAUGGCCCGUUUCCAUCAUUAUCGGGCGGUGGCUUAUCAACGAUCGACGACAACGGUUCUCUGCUUGCAGCUAUGACUUGGUGGCGGUGGUCAUCCAUUUCCGUGGCGGCGUUACUGAUCGCCGUCGUUAUCGUUGCCACAUUCACUUUGAAGAAGAGGAAACGGCGGAAGAGAAGCAAGAGCAGCAGCAGUAGAAGGAGUAAACGGCGAAAUCGGAGUGCUCGCCACCACGAUGAGGGCGACAGUGAUGAUAGUGAUAAAAAGAGACCCCGACAUUUGUCGCUUUCCUCAAUGUCGUCGUCGUUGUCAUCAGUGGUGUCAUCGUCAUCUUGUUGCGAAGGAAAGAAAAGAAGAGGUAGGAGGAAACAACACCACGUGACUGCUUUAACCAUGGUCGACUUGCUCAAGGGCGUCGUGGUGACCAACGAGACGACAGCUGACAACGAAAAUACUUACGGUAGUAGUAGCAACCGACCGUCCUACACAACAGAGUACUCACCCGCUGCUAUGACUGAAUCUACGGUCGAUGAUGAUUUUUUGCCCCCACCGUAUCAACGACGGAACGAUAACCAUCCAAAAGAUGACUGGACCAGUGGCAGUGGGUACGGCUUGCCCCUGCUGGUUCAACGUACUUUAGCCAAGCAGAUAGAUCUCCGACAACUCGUUGGCAAGGGUCGCUAUGGUGAGGUGUGGCGAGCCACUUACUGGAACGGCGGUCACGAGCAGGUUGCCGUCAAAAUAUUUUUAUCGAAGGAUGAACCGUCGUGGAAGCGAGAAACAGAAAUCUACAGCACGGUCCUGAUGAGGCAUGACAAUAUAUUAGGCUUUAUUGGUUCGGACAUUAUGACUUCACAGAACUCUUAUACCACGCAGUUAUUGCUUAUUACUCACUAUCAUGAGCAUGGAUCAUUGUACGAUUUUCUGCAGACCCCUGCAGCCGUAGCUGCUAGUGCUACGUGCAAUGGAUAUGACAUCAACUCAAUGGUCGCUGGGGGAGGUCGACCUCAGCAAAUCGACAGCGACAGACCGCCGCUCACAGUGCGCCAAAUGUUAAACGUACUGUACACUGUAGCCAACGGGCUGUGUCACUUACAUACUGAAAUCAACGGCACACAGGGUAACGUCAAACCAGUAAUCGCUCACCGGGACAUUAAGAGUAAAAACGUGCUGGUAAAAUGCGCAAAAACAGGUGUGUGUUGUGUAGCUGAUUUUGGAAUGGCUGUCACUAGCUGGGAUGCAAUGCUUCCAAUUCAAACAACGGCAGCCAUGGGUGCUAACCAAAAUACGAGAGUGGGCACAAAGCGGUACAUGGCGCCAGAGGUGUUGGAUGACAGUGUAUCCUCAUCAGCCGCAUUAGCAUUGGCUUCUGCGUCCACUACGACAACGGCGGUGCCGUCAGUAGCCUCCUCUUCAACCUCCUCCACUGCCACCAAUGAUACACCAAAGUGUAGGUGCUGCAAAAAAUAUUGCCAUGCUGACAUUUACUCGUAUGCACUCGUCAUGUGGGAAGUCCUAUCCAGAACGCUCAUUGCACCUGAUGUUGAUGACGUUGGACACCUUAAACAACAACCAAAUGAAAAUCAACAACAACCCUGCACAGAUAAUAGAUACAACCCAUACAUGUACCGAGCACCGUACCAAGAUCGUGGUGUGGGCUGGGACCCCGGAUUUGAUGACAUGCGUCGUGUUGUGUGCUCUACUGAUUCUGAACAGAAUCGUCCUGGUGUGGCACCUGAGUGGUGUGCAAACCCGAUAACCAACGCUGUAGUAAGGGUAAUGCAGCAAUGCUGGUUUGGUAGACCUAGCUCCCGCCUAGAUUCAAUGCGUGUUAAGAAGACUCUAGCUAAGCUCAUAGAGCAAUAUUCCUCCACAGAGACUGAACAGCAGCUUAAAUCAGAGCCUGAACAGGUGACAAUAAUAACCACUACAACAACGAAUCAGUUGUGAUGUAAUAUACAUAAAUGUGAACAAUGAUUACUAUUGACUUAAGUAAUAAUAACAGUGGCUGCAGGGAAAACUUUACAAUAAUCAAGCAAAUGUAUUGUAUUUUCUCUUCUCUCUCCUCCACUUGUUUGUUCUUACAAUGUUAAUGAUGUAAAUUUUUUAAUUACUAUACCCUGUUAUAUAUAUUAUGUACAAUACAAUUUUAUAAUAAUUAUAAAACUA